AUGCGGGAGGCGAAGCUGGAGCCAAAUGAGUUCAGCUACAGCGCUGGAAUUAGCGCGUGCGCGAAAGGCGAGCAGUGGCAGCGGGCGGUGUCGCUGUUCAGCGAGAUGUGGAAGUCGAAACUGGAGCCCAACGUCAUCAGUUACAACGCUGGGAUCAGCUCUUGCGAGAAAGGAGAGCAGUGGCAGCAGGCACUGUCACUGCUCAGAGAGAUGCGGGAGGUGAAGCUGGAGCCCGACGUCAUUUUCAGUUACAACGCUGGGACCAGCGCGUGCGAGAAAGGCGAACAGUGGCAGCGCGCGCUGUCGCUGCUCAGCGAGAUGCGGCAGGUGAACUUGGAGCCCGACGUCACCGGUUAUAAUGCGGCGAUCAGCGCGUGCGAGAAAGUCGAAGAGUGGCAGCGGGCGCUGUCGCUGCUCAGCGACAUGUGGAAGGUAAAGCUGGAGCCUGACGUCAUCAGUUACAACGCUGGGAUGAGCGCGUGCGAGAAAGUCGACGAGUGGCCGCGGGCUCUGUCGCUGCUGAGUGAGAUGCGGGAGGCGAAGCUGGAGCCCGAUGCCAUCUCUUACUACAGUCUAUAA